AUGAGCGGCCUACUGAGAUUACUGCUGUUUACUGCGCUCUGCGCAACAUACGGAGCCAACAGUCUGGAGCAAGAAGGCUCCGGCACAGAGUCAACAACGGAGCCAGUAACGCUGGCGUCGGCGCGCGGCUUGGCCAGCAGCUACGAGCCGGAGGAUAAGCAGGCGCUGAAGAAGAACUCGCACAUCUUUAUGGGCAUUUACAAGAACUACAAGAGCACCUAUAUGGGCAACAAGACUACGCACGAGUAUCGCAAGCGCUUGAGAGAGCGCGUUAGUGCCACACAGCUGGCGGGCAAUGAGGCAACUGCCACCGAGGCUAUCGAACUGGAGCAGCCAACGGAGCAGCAGCAGCAGUUGCUGGAUGAUGCACUUGUGCAGGAGCUACGCAACGAGGCCAAUGCAGAGGCGUUGCUCGAGCUGGAGUCGCCCACUGAAGCGGCCAACUAUGAGGACAGCAAAAAGCGACGCAAGCGCAAACGCAAAAAUCGCUACAACAACCAAAACAAUAAACGUUUGGAGCAAUUGGAGGUUACAGAACAGCCUUUGGACAUUGCCGAGCUGGACAAUUUGCACAACUACAAUGUGGGCAAUGGCCUCAAUGUGAGUCUGGAUCUAAGCAACGACAUUGUGCGCGUCAAAUUGGAUGGUGAGAACAUCAAAGAGAUUAUAGGCGCGCAUUGGCUGAGCGCCGACAACAGCGAAGAGGGUCGUGCCAAGAAGUAUGAUGUUAUAACCAAGGUGCUGCCACUCUUUAUACUGCCCUUCCUCAUACAGUCGGCCAUUGUGCCGUUCCUGGUAACCAAGCUCAAAUUGCUGCUGGUCAAGUCCAUUUUGGUGGGUAAAUUGGCAAUCUUCCUACUUAUCAUCUCGGCCAUCAAGAACAGCAACAAGUCAAUGCAAUCAUACGAAGUGGCGCCCUCAUACUGGGCCAGCGAGCCCAGUCGAAGAUCUGAGCUGGCAGCAGCGGCUUCCUCCGCAGCCGCCGCCUACAAUGGCUACCGGGUUGAGGGCAAGCCCACCGCUUGGGUUAACUAA